CAAACUUUCAGGAGAGAUAGAGUACACCUAGACCAAGGAAAAUCACAUAGCAAUGCAUGGUCGGAAACACUUUCCUGGCAUGGUAGUGACGAUACAAAACACAAGAAAGAAAGGACACGAACAGGGUGAGAAAACAUGUUUAUUAUUCUUAGUACAGCAAAAAUCAAAGAAGGUGUUUGAAAUUACAACCUUGGGCCGUGAUGCAGGCCUCACAUCUCUGGCGUAUUGAAGAUCUAACAUUGUCAAAAAUACCGGGCUUGUCCUUGACUUCCCCUGCAGCAUGCAACGAGUUCCAGGAAAGUGUUUCCGACCAUGCAUUGCUAUGUGAUUUCCCAUCCUCCAGGUGUACUCUCUCUCUCUCCUGAAAGUUUGUAACUGCUAUACUGAUACACCCCAUAUAAUAAUUUUAUUUAUUUUAGUUUUUCGUUUUAUUAUUUAUAGCUUGUAUUAGGAAUGUUUGGUUAUUCUGUACAUUCAACAGUUGAUGUUAAAGAAACAAUUACAGAUUUUGGAAAUGUUAGGACAAUUUUAUGGGUAGGAAUUGUUCUGUUGCCAAUUUUAGGUGCCACUUGGAUUUUAGCAGUACUCUGUGUAAAUGAAUCUGUAUCAGCAUUGCAUUAUACUUUUAUACUCUUUUGUUUAAUUGAAGGAAUUUAUGUAUUUUUUGGAUAUUGCAUAAUUAACAAAAAGGUUCGCUUAUACUUGCAAACAGUUGUAUCACAAAUAAUUAAUAAUGUAAAUUCUUUACCUCCUAUAAAUAGAGUUAAAAAUACCAGAUCAGUGUACCAUGCGCCAUUUAAAGUACUUCAUCGCAGUGUGGGCAUUUCUACAUGCUCAUCUACUAGUCAGUCUACGGCAAAGACAUUCAGUACACCUUGUCGGUCCGAAUCUCAAUAUCACCCAAAUAUUGUAUCAGUUCCACCAACUUACGGUUCUGCAUUAGAUGUUCUAACUAAUCCAAGAUCUAUAUCGGAAUUUUCUCAUUCUUCAUCGGAACAGAAAAAAUAUGCAGAAAAUGAAGAGAAAUUAGAAAAAAUUAUUAGCGAUGAAUCAGCUAGUAGUUAUUCAUAUCACUCAUCGCAAGAAACUGUUCAUGCAAAUGGAACAAGUGAAGAAAAUGGUAAUAAAACUCCAACAUCAAACUCAAAUAGUGAUAUAACAGAAUUCAAAGUCCCUCCAUUAAGAUUACCGUCGUGUCUAUUUGAUCAAAUAAAGCAGCCUUUACCACCUUUAGAAUUUAAUAAAAAACUUGAUAAUACUUUAAAUAAGUGCAAUAUUUAUGAGGAAGAGAAAGAACCAGAAUUUUAUAAUACAUCAAAUAAGCAAGAUGUAAUCAAUAAAUCAAAUAUAACUUCAAAACCAGCAUGUAAUGAUAAAGUUGACAAUGCUAUUAACAUUCAUCACUUAGGCUCAUUAUUAGAAGAUAGAUUUUCUCCUCCCCUAAUUGAUGAUUCUGACAAUUCUGAAUCUGAAAUAUCAGACUUAUCUGAUAAAAGUAACUCUCUCAAUAAUAAAUUAAUAUAUUCUGACUAUCAAAGUGUAAAUAGGACUUGUCCUUAUCAAUUGGUUCCACCAGAACUGUGUACAGAUUCUAAGACAGAUCCGCCAAAAAAACCUUUAGAAUCUACUCGUCCAUUGAAUUUAAUUCCACCUUUAGCAACAGCAGAGUUAUCAUCAUCAGAUUCUGAAUAAAAAAUUUUAUAUUUUUAAUACAACUGAAAAGAACAUCUAAGAAAGCAAAAUAAUUGUGCCAGAAUAGAUUUUGAUAUGACAAACAACUUAAAGAAAGAAGCUUCUGAAAAAUUAUAAUCAUUAAGAAUAUAAAAUUCAUAAUGUUAAGAAUAAUACUAAUUAUUGGAUUUUUAUAUUCAAUUUAUUUUAAAAUAAUUAAAACUAUCUAAAUCAUUUUUUUAUAAAAUGAAGAAAAUGUCUUGUCCUGUGGUAAGAUUAUGCUGCCAUAAUGAAAUAUAAUGAAUAUUGCAGUGUCAGUGAUGCUUUAGAAGAGUCCCAGUUGCAGUGUUGAGUGAGCCCGCUUGCAUCCACUUAUGCCAAAAAUCUAUGGGAUGUGUGUUAAAUAUAUAAAUGUUAUAAAAGUUCCUACAUGUGAAUGCUAAUAUAAAAUAAUAAAAGAAUAUGAAAAUGUGUGGUCCUGUAACACUCACAAACUGUUAGAUUUGGAUUGGACAACCAAUAUAAAUAGAAUAAGAAAUUAUAGCCUAUUAUACUUUAACAGAAACUGUGCCAAUAAAAUAAAUGAAAUAUUCAACAAAUUUAGAUUCUUGAAUCAACUAUUUCAAUGCUGUAAAAGUUUAUACAUUGCCAUUUUUCUUUUAUUUAUUAUUAUUUUAUUUCUGUCUGAAAAUAUUUACUUUCUGUAUUAUAUUUAACUUCAUCUACCUCAUUAAAAUUUUUAUAUAAUGCUGAAUUAAUCAAUGUACAGCACAACGAGUGAAGUUGAAGUAGCGCUAACAUUUUUGACUCGGUUAACAUCAUCCGCCUUGUCUAGAAUAUUUCAUGCACUGACCAAAAUUAUGUCUAAAUGUAAGCAGGCUUCUUCCUUCUCCAACUUAUCUUCAGGUCUAUCUCUAAUAAUAAUAAUAAUAAAUCUUUUAUUAUUAUUAGAGAUAGACCUAAGAAGGCUACACAUUUAUUAUAAACACGUAGCCUUCUGAGACAACCCAACUUUAUACCGACUCCUACAGAAUGAUAGGAUUCCACGGAUGAAAAGAUGGAGCAAUGGAGUGUAAAUCAUCCCAUUCAUAAAUGAAGAGACUAGCAUCACAAGACAGUAGGAACAGGUUCAGAUGAUCUGGUCAUGGACAGACCACUUUCUGCUGUCAAUGUUACAAAUAUAAUUUUAAUUUGUGUGAAAUUUAUAACAAUAAUAACGUAUUUAAACUGCAGGAACAAGAACUCUCUCCCCAUAUCUCCUUUGUGGAUUGUACCAUAAACCGGGGGGCGGAUUGCAUAAAUUCGUCUUCUGGUCAUUAGGGGUGUUGUAAAGGAGUAGUUGUACCGAGAGGCAACACUGGUAUUUCCGAUGGAGCAUCCAUUAAACUAUAUAUAAUAUUUGUGGCCUGCCUAUGAGUUACUGGCAUGCCAGUUUAAUCUGUCCAUGCCCGAAAAUAGCUCAAAAACAUAAGCAUUCCUUCCACUUCACCCAUUGUUAAAAGCGCAUCGAUUAGUUCAGCAGAUUAACUACAGUGGCUAAUUCAUUCUGGUUUUUAUAUAAUACUUU